UUCUGUGGAUGAAGAGGUGGUGUUUGGAGGGCACUUAGCAAUGGAUUUUAUAGCUCAAGGGUAAAGCAAGGUGAAGUGUGUGAUGGUUGGGCAGGCGACAAUGCCAUGUUCAUUGGUACAUGUGGUGCUGUGGUUUGGUGGCCAUGAUGUGAUCCAGAUCAGGUUCUGUUGGGGCCAAGUGUUUGGCACUUGCGGAGCUUGGCCUGGACGCCCCGCCUGCACAGCCAUGGUGAUCGGUUUGCUAGGAAAAUGGCACGAGCACGAGGACCCCAUGGGGUUCUCUAGCCAGAAGCACAUUUCAGACAUGGGUGGUGCUUGGAAAUCUCAUCAAAAUCAUUCCAUCACAUUUGCUGUCUGCAGCUAAUUGCAACCACACUGCACAUGGAGCACUCAUGGCAUUGUCCCCAGGCCCAGCCGAACGCUCUCACUGAUAGCAAAUGUGAUCCAACUCUCUCGCUGAUAGCUACACGCAACCUACACACAUAUGCACUGCCCUGAUCCCUCUCUUCCUUCUAUAUAUCCAUGGCUUGCUCAGCACAAACUUCAUCUCAUCUGUAAACAACAUCACACUCUACAACACACUUUCAGACUUUCGGAACCAAGCGGCAUUUGUUUAGCCGGCUAGGAACACAUCAGACUCAACCAUGAUCCAUCCAAAGAAGCUUGCUCAGCUGGCCAAGAAGUGCCAGCGGAUGUUGGCAGCCGGGACCGGUGCUCGCCACCGGCAGCAUGCCUCAGACAUGGUCGAUGAUGAUUGCUGCAGCACAGCGUCAUCUGUGGUUGCCGAUGAGGGCCACUGCAUGGUGUACAGCACCGACGGAGCACGGUUUGAGGUCCCUCUGGCGUACCUCGGGACGACGGUCUUCGCCAAGCUCCUGAGGAUGUCUGAGGAGGAGUUUGGGUUCGCAAGCGGCAGCGAUGGAGGCAGGAUCACGCUGCCCUGUGACACCAUGGUGAUGGAGUACGUCUUGUGCCUUAUCAGGAGAGAGACCUCUGAGGAGGUUGAGAGGGCAUUCUUGAGCUCUAUUGCUGAGCAUUGCCACAACUACAGUGCUAGUUGUGUGGCGCCAUCGAUGGGACUCAGCCAUCAAUUUGCUCUUUGUACUUAGCUACUAGCUUAUCUUGUGAUUUUUUUUGUUAGAACCUGAAGAUCUCUGUACAGUCUGAUGUAAGAUCCUACUAUCAUGAGAAAUGAUACAAAAGAUACUAUUUUACUGAGAGAAAUUUGGCUAUUUGACACAUACUUUGGCCUUAGCUGCAGUUCGUCGUAUAGAGUACUGAAGACAGUAGAAAGAAACCAUGGGCUGGAAGUUUGUCGGUAUGAUAUGCGGGGGAAGGAAGCAGGAGAGGGUGUGCCUGACCAGAAGGUGGCAGAACGCGGUGAUGGCGCAGUGAAGGGAAUGCGGAUGGGAGGAUUGGAUGAACGAUCAGCAUACUGCUGUCCCUACCUCUACCUAGAACGGUCGGAUUUGAAUCACGUGUCCCAGAUGGAGGUGGGUUGAGCUGGUUAUAGAUUCUUGAGGUAGGAACUGCAGUCUGUUGCCUGAAAGAUGAACGCUUCCACCGCUGCUGAGGAAGCAUGCGCUUCUGGGUACCAUUUCCCUUGUGCCGGAGACUAGC